AUGGAGCGCGCAAGAAAGAGAGAGCUCCGGGAUUUAAACGCGGCCGUUUGGGCGGGAGAGACAGACGUCUUUGAAGUUAGCAAGUCUUUGGACUCUUCUCUGAAGAAGAAUACCGCCUUUAUCAAACGUCUCCGCACGGGAAUCACUGCCUCAGCCAUCCCCACGUUCAUCACAGACGUUCGCUCGCUUUCGCUUCAUAAAUAUCUCUCAGAAAUUAUAUCGGCAUUUUACGAGGGUCUCUGUAAGCUCAAAACACCCGGUGAAAUUGCGGCCGGUGUUGAAAUUGCGAGCGCGAUUCACCAGCGUUUUGGCCCCGAUGAAUUUACGAAACGAUUGGCAUGGAACCUGGGUCGUGGUCUGACGUCGCCGGAUAAAGCACAGCUUAAAGCGUGGACACAAGAGGUCCGUGAGCGAGAAGAAAAGGAACGCUUAUCCCGACACAGGGUUCUCCUCCGUGUAGUGACGGAGUUUUGGCUUGUUGGACUCCUGCGAAGUCUAGACGAUGUAGAGAGACCUGAUGAUUCUACCGGAAAGGGCAAGGAUGCUGUACCAAGCAUAAGCGGGAAGGGACCCGACGGAAGUGCUAAACCUCGCCAGCCCCAGUCGUCAGCGAAACCAAACCAAGACAAGGACGAGGAGCCGUUUCCACUUGAAGUGUUGAAAGAUCUACUUGGCUACGAUAAGGAGCAUGUCAACUUACCGCUAGCUCUACUCUUCGCUAGAACCUAUAGCUGGGAUAUUUUGGGCGUUAAAGCUCUUGAGGAAGAUACCCCCAAGGAAGGACAUGGCACUGCAUCUGGAGAUGAGGCUCCUGCGAACACAUCCCAGGUUGACGAUCCACCCCUGGUCUCUGAGAAGCUUCAAACGCAUGGGAAGAAGAAGAAAACGGACGGAGACGAUCAGUCUAAAAGCAAAGCUGACAACGAAGGGCAAAAUGGCAUUGCAUCUGGACCAGAAGGAGCCAGCAAAACUGACUCUCAACCAGCUGAUUCUAACUCCCGUGAGCCCGAAGAGCCCGCUACUACUAUAGCCAACAAAUCAGUUGGUGCUCAAGUCGAUGCACUACUCUCCAAGCUCCCCGAGUUAGCAAAUAAGGAUGCCGUUGAUCAACUAGCUCUGGAUUUCUGCUUCUUGAAUUCGAAGGCAUCUCGUAACCGACUCGUCAAGGCUGUUCAAGAGGUGCCAAAAGGACGUUCUGAUCUCCUGCCUCUGUAUGCACGCCUUGUAGCUACGCUUGGCCAAUAUCUUCCCGACGUACCCCAGGGGCUAAUCGCGUAUCUGGAUGAUGAGUUUCGCAGUCUUCAACGCCGCAAACAAAAAGAGUUUCUAGGGCAGGUCCGCACGAGCAAUAUCAGAUACCUGGCCGAGCUCACGAAAUUCGGCGUCGUUCCUGAACACGUUAUAUUCCACUGCUUUAAAGUAAGCCUGGAUGAAUUUUCUAGGAUGAAUAUUGAGAUCAUAGGCAACCUGCUGGAGAACUGCGGUCGAUACCUGUUGAGAAACCCUGAGACAGCUCCUAGAAUGGCAUCGUUCUUGGAAACGCUUGGACGGAAGAAAUCUGCGCAGCACCUAGGGCAACAAGAACGAAUGAUUAUUGAAAAUGCCAUGUACUACGUCGACCCUCCACCGAGGCCAGCUAUUCAACAGAAGGAACGCACACCAAUGGAACUGUAUAUUCGAAAGCUGGUGUAUUUGGAUAUGAACAAGCGGAACUAUACCAAGGUUCUGAAGUCUAUUCGAAAGCUACACUGGGAAGAGCCAGAGGUGGUCCGUAUUCUCGAAGGCAUAUUUAGCAAACCUGGGAAAAUCAAGUAUGGAAACAUUCAUCUACUUGCAAUCAUUAUUAGCGCACUAUACCGCUACCACCAGCCGUUUGUGAUUAGUGUUAUCGACAACGUGCUUGAAAGAAUCACUAUUGGACUAGAGAACAAUGAUUUCAAGUUCAAUCAAUCCCGCAUUUCAGAGGUCAAGUACCUGGGAGAGCUUUAUAAUUACAAGAUGGUUGAUUCGCCAGUGAUUUUUGAUACGCUAUAUCGCAUUGUUACUUACGGACAUGGAUUCAAGUACUAUCUACACACCAAGGAUCCCAUUCCCAUGGAUGUCGACUUCGUCAUUCAAGACACGUUUGCCCUGACUCGCCCUCAGUGGAAAUUCGCCGCAGACUUUACGGAGGCUACCAAACUGUUUGCAGAAGCGGUUGCACAAAACUACCAGGUGCAUGAAACUGACAAGGCUCCAGACCCAGAAGAAGAAGCAGAAAGCUCAUCGUCUGAUGAUGAUAUCGAAGACGAUGGGGCCCCUGAUGUCGAGGAAGAGUCCACGGAUGAAGCAGAGAUUACUGCCAAUGAGCCCGAUGAUGAGGACGAAUCAGAGUCGGAAGAAGAGCAAAUCUUCGUUUCUCGGCAGGAAGAAGAACGUGAUCCUGAAGCCGAAGCUGAGUUUGACAGGGCCUUUGAAAAAAUGGUUUCCGAGAGUGUAGAAUCACGAAAAUUCGAACGUAAGACGAUGUUCGACGUUCCCUUGCCCAUGAGACGUGCAAACCCGCGCGAUACUGCGCUAGCAGAGGAACCCAAGGAACCCGCCAUGAUUCCUUCUAACACCAUGCCAUUUUCUCUUAUGACCAAGCGAGGAAAUCGCCAGCAGACACGCACCAUCGACCUCCCUUCGGACUCUAGUUUUGCAGUUGCAAUGAAAUCCCAACAGCAAGCCGAGCGUGAAGAACAGCAGCGUAUCAAAAACUUAGUAUUGAACUAUGAUCUUGGUGAUGACAAUGACAGCAAUGAUGGUGAUACCAACACUUCCUCAACCCAUCUCUCUAUUCUCCAGAAGAACCCCAAUGCUAAAGGCUCAAUUAAAGGUUCCGACAAACGACCUUCUUCCCACCGCGACCAAAGAAACGAUAAGAACGCUCGUGGUGGAUUCCGUGCUCGCAAAUUACAGCUGAGUGAUGUUGACUGGUACGAUUAA